GUGUGAUCACCGCACCUCCUACCGUGGAAACGAUGCGGUCCUCCAAGUGUGGGGUCAAGACCGGCGAGCCAGUCCCUGAUUUGGUGGCACCAGAGGAUGGAUAGCAGUGAUGAAAGCCUGCCGAAGCUCUUCAUCUUUGACCUGGAUCAGACCCUGUGGGCCUUCGACGCAGCGCAGCCGCGCUACGCGGGGCCCCACCUCGUCGCGCGACACGGGGUGGAAGGAGUGCAAUGCCAGGCGGCGGUGGCUAAACCCUUCAAGGAAGCUGCAGAAAUCGAGCUUUGGCAGAUCUGGCGUCCAGGCGCGGAUCGCCGUGGCUUCGGCGAACAGUCAGGAGAAAGUUUGCGCAGCCUUGCUGCAACACAUGGGCUUUCUCCAGGAUCCAGGUGAGGCUGGAGGAAUUGAACGUGCCCUGCUGGCCAUCGCGCCGGGCAGCAAGACGGGCCACUUCCAGCGGAUCGCGAAAGCCUCAGGUGUGGAUUUCUCGGAGAUGCUUUUCUUCGACGACCGGGCCAUGAACGUGCGGGCAGCCGAGAAGUUGGGCAUCGUGGCGCAACAGGUCUCCUCUUUAGACGGCCUCACCUGGGCUCAGUUCCAUGCGGGUCUGCGGGCCUGGCGUUCACAGAGGCGUUCCAGCCGGGUGUUGGCGCAGUGGAUGAAAGCCCCCAAAGGACCAGCGCAGCGAAGCGUGGUCGUUCAGUUUACGUUUCUCGCAAAAACAUGUCGUGCGUCGGUUCUGCGCGUGUUUCUCGUGCCAUGUUCAAAAGGGAAGAAUCAGGAUGACCUGAAGGGGCCGAAGGUGAAUGACACACACUUGGGCCCGGACUUGGGCAUACAUCGGCAAUGUUUGUCAUGCCGUUAUCAUAACGGCGUUAUGUUUAAUCUUGAAGUAUGUGCCAACUUGGCGGGUGAGAAGAGCCACUGGCCACCCUCUAUCUUUGGAAGACAUUGGAUUUUCACUAAAAGCGAAUUCAUCGCAAAUGAAUGAUUGAACAGGAAGGCCCUGGUCUAACAAGAACAGUCGCUGGCCCCCACAGUCUCCCUGAAGUUAUAUAACUAAACCCAUUAUCCUUUCACAAUGUUUGCCGUUGGUUUGUGCAUGUUCAUGCGGUUUCAUUGCAAGAUCCAUAAUGUUAUUCAAUGCCAAGUGCCAAGUGCUAAAGAUUGUUUGCAACGUCUCGUAGUUCCAACCCUAUUCAAAAACUAAAGAGGUCAAAGACGGCCUUUAUAUAUUUGAUCGGAAAGGGAACUCACUUAGCUUUGGCUAUCAAAAACCAUUGGCCAAUACAAACCAUAUCACAUUAAUAUAUCAAUCCAUCUCGGUCGGCGCCGCCAGGUCCCGGUCCUGGUCCUCCUCCGGCGAGUGGUUUGGGCGACCAGUUGAUAGAUUUGGUGGACGAAGAUCCUUCAGAAGCUGCCAAAGAACCAGCAGAUCCUGAAGGUCCGGAGGUCAUCGAUUUGUGCGAGUGAUCCAAAAGCCCGCAGUGGAUCGUGCACUUUGCUGCCAAGUGUGAGUUCUUUUGGGGGAUGGUCCUGAGAUUUCCGACAUGUCGAUACAAGAGGCUUCACCUUGCAUGUUCAUCGGAUGAUCCGUUCUUAGGAACGCAAAAUCAAACAUGUUGGCGUCCCAACUCAGUAAGCAACCUGAACAUGUGUCAAAAGAGGGGGAUGCCUGACUUAAAAGAGGGGGAAGAUGUGGACAGCUGCUACUCAGCUUUCCUUAACUUCGAUCAGAUCUGAUUCCUUCAGCGCUUGCAGGGUGACUGUGACUUUCUGUUUUCACAACCGUGGUUGCUCCCUUGCUUCGUUCAGAGUUGCAAAGGUUCUUUGGAACGCAGUCAAUGGGGGCGUCAAAUCUGGGUUGUGGCGAGAAAACCUA